AUGCCUAGUAUUGGCGCAACACCCAGUAUGAAUAAUACCACCAUUGCAUCACCUUAUAUGGGAACACCUUACUUAGACUCGUCAAUGAUCGAUACACCCUUUAUGGAUACUCAUACUGCAGACACUCCUCCAUUUCUCCCUGUUGGUUUGGAUUUUUCACCGUAUUUGAUGUACAAUGCUUUUGCCAAUUUGAAUAUGAGUAGCAAUAAUGACAAUAAAGAUGUAUGUGUUUCUGGCUAUCUGAAUCAUGCUGGACAUAACAAUCCGGCUGCUGAGUUAACAAUGACCAAUGAUCCAGUUGCACAGUUCAAUGGUGAUCCAAGCCUGUUGUUAAUUGACAAAUCAAAGCAUCCUUUGUAUACUCCUGCGGCAGCAUCGAUAACCACACCACUGAAUAUUCUCACUCCUGCCUCUACUACUAUAGCAGGAAAGCCGUCACCAACUGUUAAAUUAGAAAAUCUAUCUGAGCAGGAAACUGAUUCGCUAUUUCCUCCUCUUACUUCUUCUGAAGAGCAAUUUGAACACUCUGCUGUCGAUCAGCCUAUGGACUCUGGACAAAAUAUCUCAGGACCGGCCACUCCAUUAUUAAAGCUGGAAGACGUUUUAGGUUUCGAUCCUAGUUCAUCACCUUUAAGUGAAGAAAUGAGAUAUUCUGACUCUCAAUUCAGCUUAUCUGCUGCUAACGACGUUGCCGCCAAUUCAGAAGAACCUAGCAUAGAAAAACAAGGAGCAGCACAGUCUGAAGAAGAAGGAUUUGUAGAGAAGAUAAAUAAGAGGCCUAUUGAUGCUGUCGGAAGUGGUCAUACAUCACAACGUUCUCUUAAGAAGGUGAAGAAGGCAACAACGAAAGCUGCUGAGAAAAAUCAACCGGCUGCAAAGCACGACAAACCUAAGAAAGUAAUCAAGAAACAAGCAAAAGAACCAAAAUUAUAUCAAUGUCAUAUUUGUGGACUGAUUUCUAAACGACGUUAUAAUCUGAAUACACAUAUCAAAACCCACGACAAGAAUAGAACCAAAGAUUUCCCUUGUCCUCAAUGCCAUAAGGCUUUUGAUCGUCGACACGAUAGAGAUCGUCAUUUGGCUACUGUUCACCGUGGCGAAAGAUCUUUCUCUUGCAAACACUGCAAAAACCACUUUAGCCGAAGAGAUGCUCUCAACCGUCAUCUGGUGCAAAGGCAUGAUUACGACGAAAGUCAACUUGUUGAUUGA